CCUCCCCCCCCAUCCUAUCUUCCUUAACUGGCUGGGCUUGUUAGUGCUCACGCCCGUACCUGUUCGCUGAAACAGCGAGCGAGACACCUGUCAGACAGAGAAAGACGUUCUCUCCCUCUCAGGGACACUGCAGACACGGACUCUCGGACUGAGCAGGGUGGAUAGUUCUCUCCUGGGAAUAAAGUGAAAGCAGCUGCCUGGUAAAGAUAACAAACCAAAGGAUUGAGAGACUUCGCCCCCCAGAGCAAGCAUGUCAAAACAGGCGGACAAAGAAUCGGUGUUCCUCACCACCAAAGUGAGGACCAAGCUGAAGGGAGACGGCAGCUGGUUGCAGCAGCGCAACGAAGCCCAGGGUGAAACCAACGAGGAGAAGCCGUGGUUAGCAGAAGUGAGGGCAGGACGUUUGAACGGAGAACCCGUGGAGACCAGUCCGGCGUCGUCACCAACAACAUCCACUCCGCCGGACGUAAAGGCCGACGCCGAGAGAACACCGGCGUCAGGAUUCCUGAUCAGAGGUGUUUUCACUAAGCUAGAGAGUCCUACUUUGUCUUCAACGAGUAACGGCGUUAGUCAAACAGCGACACAAUUCCCCAAGAAACCCUCAGAAAGCUACAAGAAAAUAGCCCCCUACACGGUGAGGCCCACCGCAGGGAACCAGGAGGCCCAGCUGAGCAGCGAGGAGCAGGAGAAACGGACGGAGGCUGCCAGCAGUGUUCUGAUGAAAUCUGCAGUCAGGCAACGGUCCUAUGUGCUUUCUGCUGCUAAGAAAUAUGAGACUCAAGAUAUGGCGCCCGAAACCUCUUUAGCCAACAGCAGUCCAGCAUUUGUAGCUAGAAGGGUGGAGACAGUUGAUGAUGAUGAUGAUGAGAGCGCUGCGACACCAGCACCUGCCAGCAAUCCGCCCACCUCCCCCGCGGCGCCCGUCACAUCUGUUGCCGCCGCCGCGCCUGAGCCCAAACCGGCGAGCGUAGCCGACGCUGCGCCUGCGGCCCUGAAGGUGGUGAAACCCGCCCCGGGGCCUGUGAAGGACGCCCCCCCGCCAGGGCCUGUUGCAGUAAAGGAUCCGUUUGAAGACACGCAGCCGGGUUGCACCAAGGUGGCCGCUCCUGCCCCUGUUCUCAUCCCGGAGUGCUUUCAAGCUGUCCCUACGCAGCCAGAAGCAAAGGCCUCGGCCUUUUCCGGGCGAGUCAACACUCCUCUGGUUGACCUCGCCCCAGCGGCGCCAAGCCCGGCGUCUUCUACUCCAGCAGCCCCCGUCCCGUCUACGCCCGUCCCUCUGACACCUGCCCCAGUGUCCCCAGUGAAGACCGAAGCAAAACCAGAGUUCGUACCGAAACCGGCUCCACAGCUAAGGACUCAAGAGAGCGCUGCGACACCAGCACCUGCCAGCAAUCCGCCCACCUCCCCCGCGCCGCCCGUCACAUCUGUUGCCGUUGCCGCCGCCGCGCCUGAGCCCAAACCGGCCGCUCCUGCCCCUGUUCUCAUGCCGGAGUGCUUUCAAGCUGUCCCUACGCAGCCAGAAGCAAAGGCCUCUGCCUUUUCCGGGCGAGUCAACACUCCUCUGGUUGACCUCGCCCCAGCGGCGCCAAGCCCGGCGUCUCCUACUCCAGCAGCCCCCGUCCCGUCUACGCCCGUCCCUCGGACACCUGCCCCAGUGUCCCCAGUGAAGACCGAAGCAAAACCAGAGUUCGUACCGAAACCGGCUCCACAGCUAAGCUCCGGUGUUGACACGCUCACCAACUUGUCCAACACCCUCAUUACUUUCAACUCAAGUUCCACCAGCUUUGUGGAUGACGCGCCAGUGCUGGCAGAGGAAGAAGCAGGUUCAGCGAACAGUCACACUACAGAGAAUGGUGAUGAAGAGGAGGCAGAUCCAGAGCUCGGCAGCCGGGAACCACUCACAGAUGAUCUCCUGGCUUUCACCGACGGUCCCGAGGAGAGCAGAGCAGAGCCCGUCCCCCCCAGCCCGGGACGCUGGAGUCAGGAUCUGCUAAAAAGUGAACUAAACAGUGAGUCAAAGAAAAAGACCAGUGGCCCCCUGGAUCUCCUGGCUAACGAUGUCAUUCCAAUCAACCCGGAGGCCCGCAGGCUCAACGUGCAGCGGAAGGAGGAGAAACGGACGGAUGAAACAGCCGGAGACACACAAAGCCUCACGGAGACCGUCACCAUAACCACCAAAACUGUGAUCAUUACUGACAAAAGCUCGGCUGAUCCCUUUGAUCCAUAUCCGAUAGGGACCACAUCCUCUAACAGCUCCUCUGACCUGCUACAGCCUGAGUCUGAUGUUUCCAACAACAGUCAUGUGUUGGAUUCCCAUUCAGACCUAAUCUCUAUCAACACUGACGCCACGAGCAGUCAGCGGACAUGGGCGCGCACAUGGCAAACCAGCCCCCCCCAGCAGGAGAACAACGAAGAGAGCCAAGAAGCUUUACCAGCAGCCCAAAUGCUAGAUGAAGAGACGCUGGUCAGGUUUGAGAGAAAGUCAGCUGAGAAUGACUCCCCAUGGGACAGGUGGACGUCCCCCACGGUCUAUACUCUCCCAGUCACUACAGGAGAAGAGGAGGAGGAGGAGGAGGAGGCGGAAAGCACGGAGUACAAACAGACAGAGACGGUCACAACCAUCACCACUAUCAGGGAGAGACUGAGUGAAGAACAGCCUGUUGUGGAUCGGUAUGAAACCUAUUCCAGGAGCGUGACAGAAGAAGACCAGCGUGUCCUAACGCCAGAACCCGAGGCCAAGAGGGGUUUCGUGUACCUGAAGGAGUACGUCAACGCAACAGAGCUGUCCUUGCACAAUGCCAGAGACACACCCGACAGUGGGUCAGAUUAUGUGACAUCCAGCUCCACCAGUUACUCCUACAACAGCCCCUCCACCUACUCGAGCGGCCUGGCGUCGUCCACCUGUAACUUCUGCGGAGAGCAGGUGGGUAAUGAUGCCAAGAUCACCAUCGAGCACCUCAACAUCAACUGCCACCCCCGCUGCUUCCAGUGUGGUGUGUGUAAAAAGCCAAUGGGAGACCUACUCGACAGCAUGUUCCUACACGGCGGGAAAGUCCACUGCGAGAGCUGCUACAGCGAAGCCUUGGACUGAUUAUCAAAUCCCUUCUGCAGCCUCUUCUCCUCGGUCGCUUCCCUUCAUGUUCAUUUGCAUAUAAAGUGGAGAACUCACAUUUUCCUCGUAGUUUGGAUCGUGUCUAGUUUGAACUCAGGAGUUGUGUGCUACAGACUGAUCAAAAAGGUUGUUAUAGUGAUUUAAUGGUUAGCGCUCAUGUCAUGCUAACUCGUAUUGUUUGUUUUUUUUCUUCCUGGUGGUGACCGCUAUAUCUCGCUAUGUAAACUUUGAAGGAUAUGUAUUAUGAACACACUACUACUACUGGCCAGUGGUGAAUAAUGAUUGAAUUUAGCCACAGUUGCAAAUAAAUGACUUUAUUAAAAAGUGUUCCUCUUGAUACAAAA